UGAAAAUAACUGAAAUUGACCAUAGACGUUUUUUAAAAUAAAAUACGAAAAUAUACAAAAGAGAAUUGCAAGAUAAAACAAAUGCAAGAGCAUCGGAAUAAUAUUUUAAGUAACUACAACGAACAAUAACACCCACUAAAAAAAUACAAGACGACGAAGUAUCUCUUGUAUUUGUAGGUACGCGCGUGCUACUUUUCAACCGUGCUGCAAAUAUUUGGAGCCAAGUCGAAGGGUUUUGUUAUGAAGUGACCCGAACUCAAUGCCUCUUAUCAUUCAUCCCUAUCAAAUAUUCUGAACACGAGCAAGCAUCAUUUUUAAAAUUGUUGGCAUGAACCAUUAACUCCCAAUUUUUUUACGGACGGAUAAAAUAAAAAUAAAAAUGGUUUCUUCCAUUUCUACAAACGGAGACUCUGAGGGUCUGAAAAGUUCUAUCUUGGAACUCCAAGAUGAACAUCAUUCCCGUUCAAUCUUGUCAUCGCUCAAUAUGAUGAGGAAGAAUAAGUACUUCUGCGAUGUCAUAUUACACGCUGGAAAUAUGGAGGUACAUGGUCACCGAGCUGUACUAGCAGCAGCAUCUCCAUACCUUUUCGAACUAUUUAGCGUCGAUAAUCAAGGAAAUAAAGAACAAACAAUUACUUACAAACUGAGUGAUGAUAUUGAUAAAAAGGCCCUACAAAAGCUCAUUGAUUACGCGUACACUUCGAGGCUGGAGAUAAUGCCUACCGAGGUGAAAUCAAUCUAUUUGGUUGCAUUUUACUUGAGGAUGGAUCGAAUUGCAUUGCAGUGUAUGGCUCAUUUGUUGGAAUCACUAACUCCGGACUCUUGUCUCGACAUCCGUUCCAUGCCCGGCAUCGUACAAAACGAGAAUUUUGUUAAACAAGUUGAUGCUUAUAUUAGGUAUAAUUUCGCAGCGAUCUGCGGAAGUCCCGCCUUGUCCUUCCUGCCGAGUGUCAAGAUUGAGGUGCUGUACCAAACUAGCCAGGAAAUGAGUCUUGUGAAUGGUUCGAGUCUUUGCUGCCUUGUGCUUGAUUGGAUGAAGCGGUUCCUUGAUGAUCAGGACAAUGCAGGCAUUGAACAACUCAUCGAGAAGACCUACCUUCUAUACCUUGCCCUGGACAACAGUCUCCAAGACUGCACGGAUCUGCCUUCUGGUGACGUCAGCAAUACGGACAUUGUCCAGGAUUAUAAAAAGAUGUCUCUUAAGUCGCAGGCUCAGAACAAAAAUAGAAGAAAGGGUGUCUUACAUCCAGCCAAGCCUAGAGUACUUAUUUAUAACAAAAAUAUUGAGGACUCCAUAGAAGAACCACUCGAGCCUGAUUGGAACAUGAUUGGCAUUAAUAAAGUAGGAGAGCAUACAUUCCUGGCUAUUGUAACUUUAAAUGGACGACUAGCGAAGCUAUCUGUGUUACUUCGGUUAAACGCUCCAUCGUUCGUAGAAUCUCAGGAUAACUGUAAUAGGAUUCCGGAGGAUCACCGCAGUUUAAACAGUGAACCUGACCUUUAUUGUGCUCUUCCCACUAUGAAGGCUGGCAAGUGCUCUGUGGGUUGUGCUGAGCUUAAUGGAUCCUUACUCGUUUGUGGCGGGUAUGAUCGAGUCGAGUGCCUCAAGUCAGUCGACAAAUACAUACCGGAGACAAAUACAUGGGAAGUAUUGGCUACUAUGAAGGAGGCUAGGGGUAGGUUCGGCAUUGCUGUUGUUAAUGAGAAAGUCUACGCUAUUGGUGGUUCCAAUGGCAUCACCGAAUUGGCAACUGUGGAGGUGUUUGAACCCGAAAAUGGAAAGUGGAAAGCCAUUGCUAGCUUGCCACUAGCAAGAUCUAACUCAGGUGUCUGCGCGUUAGGCACCAAGAUUUAUUGCAUUGGCGGCUGGAAUGGACAGGCUGGUAUAAAACAGUGCGAUAUUUUAAAUCCGGAAAAUGGAGUUUGGUCGAGCAUAGAGUCACUCAAGAUCGGUCGUUAUCAAGCUGGCGUAUGUGCUUACGACAAUAAAGUUUAUGCUGCUGGAGGUUGUGAUUCCUGGAACUGCCUCAAUUCUGUAGAAAUUUAUGAUCCCGAGACAAACACGUGGAACAUGGGUUCACCUCUUAUUACUGCGAGACGUGGCUGUGGCUUAGCUGUUUUUAAUGAUAAAUUAUAUGCUGUGGGUGGAAGUACGGGAACCCACAGCUUAACCAGUACGGAGAUUUACGACACUUCAGAGCAGGAUUGGAUUCCCGGACCAAGUAUGUCUACACCACGCGCCAAUGUUGCUAUUGCUGUUGUUGGAGACAGAUUGUAUGCAGUUGGAGGUUUUUCUGGUAAAAACUUCUUGAAUUCCAUCGAAUACUUAGAUGUACAUACUAACGAAUGGACUAUGUUCAUUCCAAAAACAGAUGGCAUAAAAAAUCCAAAUCCAGAAUAUAAUAUGGAAUCAAAUUCUAAUGGCAACAAAAAAGACUUGUCCCAGUUACCAGAUAAUGAUCAACAGUGUGAUAAUGCUAAUUCUGAAAUUGGAUGAAAUACUAUUUCCUUAGUUAAUAUUUGAUUUUUUUAUUCAGUGAAAUUUCAAUAUUGUCUGUUAUAAUUUAAAUACUACAA